AUGCAUAAACUGAAGGGCAGUCAGAAGGAAAAAGUGCGCCAGUUUAUACAGUGGACUCAGUGUAAUGAAAAAAUUGCGAUUCAGUGUUUGCAAAGCCAAAACUGGAACCUUGAAAUGGCCUGCGACUUAUACUUUCAGCAUCCUCUUAACUACCAGGGUUUUCAAACUUAUGACGUAGUAGACCACAAAAGUAUACAAAACUUGUUUUUGAAAUACGCUAACGAGCGAAAGGAUGGCACUGAUAAUACUCGAAUUGGGCCUCACGGGAUGGUUCGUUUAUUGGCUGACUUAGAAUUGGAUCCGACAGAAAGGACAGUUUUAUUACUUGCUUGGAAAUUAAAAGCACAAACACAAUGCGAAUUCUCUUAUCAGGAAUUCGUAACUGGCUUGACUGAAUUAAAGGCUGACAGCUUGGAAAAGUUGAAAAGCAAACUACCAUCUUUGAGUGAAGAAGUGAGACAAAGUCCCGAUAAAUUUCGUCAGUUUUACCAGUUUACUUUUAACUACGCCAGGACUUCCACUCAGAGAUGUCUCGAUGUGGGCGUUGCAAUAGAGUAUUGGAAAUUAGUUUUUGGGGGCAAUUUUGGCUACCUGCCGCUAUGGAUCAAGUUUCUUCACGAAAAGAAAGUAUUGGCGAUUUCGAGAGAUACUUGGAACCUUCUUUACGAUUUCAGUACAACGAUAAAGCCCGACUUUAGUAAUUAUGAUGCUGAAGGUGCUUGGCCAGUCCUCAUUGAUGAGUUUGUUGAAUAUGCGAAAGCUGAGUUUGCUAAUUCACAGGCCGUUGUUUAA